CUCAUAUUUGCAACCACCGCGAGGGUACAUGGAGGAGGUGGUUGGACUGGUGGCCACACUCGAGGGCAUGGUCUUGCGUAGGGAGGCACAGUUGUCUGUCGCGGGCAUUCAGAUGCCUUCAUGGUCCGGUCAGCCGCAGGCCAGGCCACCCGGGCCUCCUUGGGGAGCUGGGCCAUCUGGGCCUUUUCAGGGGGCGGGGCCAUCUCGGCCUUCCAGAGGAGCCGGGCCUUCUAGGCCUUUUCGGGGAGCUCGAGGAGGGCCUGUCCGCAGACGCAGGGCUCACGUUGUGGAGGUGGAGCCUGAUGAGGAGGAGGAGGAUGCUGAGGAGGAGGAGGAGGAGGCUACCGACCGUCAGUCAGAGACAUCUGCUGAGGAGGGGGGCUCCGGUCUUGGUUCGGGGAACAGAGGCGAGGCUGAGGGGGAUCCUGAGGAUGACAGCUCCGACUCAGAUGAUGAUGAUGGUGCAGAGGUUGUCCCGCAGAAGAGGAUGAGGAGUGCUUCUCGUUCCCGUUCCCGAGGACAUUGAUGCUGUUAUUUCCUGCUUUAUUUUUCUUUUUGCUAGUAGUUUGUAGCACUUUGCACAUUGUUAGGCAGUCUUAUUCUUUGUAAAACUUGUACCUUUGUUUGUUGUAAAGCAUGAUGGAAUGAAAUAGCUUUUG